AUGGUUCGUGAAGCCGGUAUACUAGAAAUUCGAAAGCCUAUUGCGUCGGCAUUCCUGAGUAAAAUGAGGAAAUUGCGUUUGAAUAUUCCUAUGGUGUUAGGUAAAGCUUCCCAGUGUUUUGGACCACUCGCACUGAUUGAACUUGCAUUCGAGGCUCAAAUAGGCCCAUGGGCUCACCAAUUACCUAAGCUACGCGCACACCAGGAAAGGAUAGGCCCAGAAGAAGCGCGUUUCUACAACCACCCGAAAGUGAUAGAGGAGCUCAGAAAUGCAGAUUCUAGGGCCUUUUUGAGUAGAGAAGAAUGUCCUUCAUUCGAUGCUAAAUCAUCAGAGCUGAACGGACUAGCCACUCCACAGCACUGUGAGAUCUCUUUAAAACCCAUCCAGAAAGCCAAAUCAUCCAUCCGCCUAUCGAUCUGUCAACACUCCCAAAUGUCUACCACCGCAUUGAACCCAAACGCACCAAAAGGUGACGCGACGUGGAGAGAUGGUCUCAAAGCGCCGCCAAAAGACACUCGCGUCAAAACGCAAGACGUGCUGACAACGUCCGAUGUCGAGUGGGAGGACAUGUUUCUAAGCCGCAAGACCGCCGCCUUCGUCAUCCCCUCCCUCCAACAAGUCAACCCCAAGUCCCCCAAAAUCCAAGCUCUCUUGCUCGUCCCCACGCGUGAACUUGCCCUCCAGACUUCUCAGGUCGCAAAGAAUUUGGGCAAGCAUAUCGAAGGCUUGCAAGUCAUGGUCUCCACCGGUGGAACCACCCUCAAGGAUGAUAUCCUGCGAUUGAGCGAACCCGUGCACGUCCUAGUUGGGACGCCCGGAAGGAUUUUGGAUCUGGCCAGCAAAGGCGUGGCUGACCUCAGUGAAUGUGGAGUGUUCGUCAUGGACGAAGCGGAUAAAUUACUCAGUCCCGAAUUCACACCCAUCAUGGAGAGCCUCCUUAAUCAUCUGCCAGAAGAAAGACAGGUCAUGUUGUUCAGCGCAACAUUCCCUAUGAUCGUCAAGGACUUUAAGGAAAAGCACAUGCGUAAACCUCACGAGAUCAACCUCAUGGAAGAGCUCACCCUCAAGGGUGUAACCCAAUACUAUGCCUUCGUCGAGGAACGUCAAAAAGUCCACUGUCUCAACACUCUUUUCUCCAAGGUUAUUCAUGCUUUUAUAGUCACGCAAAGAUGCUUCAAAGUCACCGUAAUCGCGUAUUCCACGAUUUCCGUAAUGGUGUUUGCCGGAACCUUGUUUGCUCUGGCUGUCAAUGUCGUUAUCAACUUUGAUUUCCCAAAGAAUUCGGAAACUUAUCUUCAUCGUAUUGGUCGAUCGGGUCGUUUCGGCCAUUUAGGUUUGGCCAUCAAUCUCUUGACUUAUGAAGACAGGUUCAAUCUCUAUACUAUUGAACAAGAGCUCGGCACGGAAAUCAUGCCAAUCCCACCGGUCAUUGACCGUAGUCUCUAUGUCGCCGGGAGCGCUCCACCAUCCUCUCUCGCCCCACCUUCGAACUCAAAUGGACGCGCUGGUAGCGGAACAUCCACACCAUCCAAUGACGCCGCAAGGAGAAGAAACACACCCACUCCCCAGCUCCAACAAUCUCAAUACAACGUCUCGGAUUAUUCGGGCAAUGCUGCGAUGAUUGCUCGUGCUCAGGGCCCAUACCAACAACCUGUCAAUGCGCAGAUCCAGGCGCAAAUGCAACAGCAACAGUUACAACAGCAGGCUCUACAAGCACAGGCUCUGCAGGCGCAAGCUAUGCAAUCUCAGCAAUAUCAGUCAUCAAACGGCGCUGAGAAUGUGCGACAAUACUCUAACCACCAUCAAGGCCAGAGUGAGAGAGGACAUGGACGAGGACGUG